AUGACAAGCCCUUUACUUCCCGACACCCCGCCGCACAUCCUGCAACUCUUGACUGAGCUUCACAAAAAGUCAUUAGACCAGGAAGCUGUCAUCUCGAAGAAAGGAAAGGUCUUCUCGGCAGAUGUCCUUGGAGAUCUUGAAGACAAGCAGCCAAGCAAUGAUCCCAAGGCGGCAUUUAAGAAGCUCAUGCUGGACAAGUCCAUUGCUCUGGAUGAAGAUAAAUGUCAAUUCACAUACCAGUUGAUCAAUGCUAUGGGGGCCACCAACAUUGUGGAAGCAGGAACUAGCUUUGGAGUGAGCACAGUCUACCUCGCGCUCGCCAUUGCGAAGACGAAAGCCGCUACCGGGAAGUCCGGUACUGUCAUCGCCACCGAGAACGAGCCCGAAAAGGCGGCUGUUGCGCGCCAGUAUUGGGCACAAUGUGGCCCUGAAGUGGAGCAGCAGAUUGAUUUGAGAGAGGGUGAUCUUCUUGAGACUCUCAAGAGUGGAUUACCAGAUGUUGAUCUUUUGCUUCUCGAUAUCUGGUCGGCACUUGCACUUCCAACCCUCAAAACUGUUCUCCCGCGCAUGAAGGCAGGCGCAGUGGUCUUGACCGAUAACACCAUCUCGGGUGCACAGGGAUAUGCGGAUUUGCUGGCGUACCUUCGGGAUCCCGCUAAUGGUUUCCAAAACAUGACUUUGCCAUAUACCAAUGGCUUUGAGAUGAGUGUAUACACGCCCAAAUCUUAA